GUGCCGGCCGCGGAGUACUGCGUUCCUGAGCCCUACUUUUCCUCGGGGAGCCGGCACCGUGGAGCAGUGGCAUGCAGCGCGGCCCGCUGUCCCCCAGUCCCAGUGACGGUCCUGGCGCGCUCGGAACUUCAUAUCCCGGCGUGCAUCGCGGGUAGGGCAUGGCGGGACUACGAGUCCCAGCGUUCAACGCAGGCGGGCGGCCUAUUACCUCGUCACACGCGGAGACCCAGCCUCCUGAGACUACGAGUUCCGGCAUGCACCGCGAGCCGCUCUCCUCGACUUCCGUCGCGCCCUGCGCGUCCCAAUGUCGCGAGACUACGGGUCCUGGCAUGCCGUGCGCGCCGCGGGCACAGAGACCUGAGGCUGUUGGCGUCCGGGUGGCCCCGCCUCGUGUCCUGCCUCGUGUCCCGCCCCGUGUCCAGCCAGGACCCCACGCCGCGGGAGCUGCUGUGGUCUUCUCUUCCUCCGACCUCCCCUUCGACGCGGAAGCGCAGGGGCAGGUGCGCCGCCCUCGGCCGGCGCAGGCGGUGGGCCGGCCUGGGGCAAGGCGCCCGGAAGCGCCUGGUGGGCUCAGAAAAUCCGAGCGACCGCAGCGGGAGGGCGGGCAAGGCGCGUGGUCCCAGUGGCCGCGGGCGAACCCUGAUGAGCAGCAGCCGCAAGUGUCUUAUUAAAGGAGAGCCAGUUUCUACGUUUGUCGGGAGUUUACGUGAAUUAAGCUGGCGGGCGGGCGGCCCAGCCUGUAGUCCCGGCACUUUGGGAGGCUGACGCGGGCGGAUCACCUGAGCCUGGGAGUUGGAGACCAGCCUGGGCAACAUAGCAAGACCCCAUCUCUAAAAUAGAUUCAUUAAUACUUAGCCGGGCGCCGUGGCUGAGGUCCCAGCUACUAGGCGGGAGGCUGGACUGAGCCAGGCCGCUCUGGACUGUUCUUACUUUUUCAGCCUUAAUACGUGCCCGAAUUCUUUUUUUACUGUGUGUCUUUGUCCUUACAUAUAUAAAUGUUAUGUACAAUUGAGA